UUUAAAACACGUUUCCUUCGAUUGUGAAGGAGUCGUGAGCAGGAAAGAGGAAACGAAACCAGAAACCAAGGGGCAGAGCUAUGUAAAAAUACCUACGGUACAGAGAGCUGCCGUACAAAAGCCGUCCCCGCGACUAACCGCAGAUUAAGGGAGACGGUAAGGGAUGACAGAGGGAAUAAGAAAUAUUUUUAAGCAGCCAUUGAUAUUCACUGCUAUCUUCACUGUUAAUGCUGAAGAAUACUUGAGCCGUAAGCACAAGGACAACAGUAUAGCAAAUGGGAUGUUAUGAUCUCCAGGAAAUAAUAAUAAUAAUAAUUACUAAUAUCGAAAAUUGUAAAUUAUGUUUAAGGAUCCCGUUUGCGGUCUUACAUGUAUGUUUUAAUAUAUAAAUUGUAGGAAGGAACUGUACAGCUCAAGUAAACGCGAUUUCCACGGUCUUUGCCUUUGGUGCUGUUUUUUUUUUUUUAGAAAAUAGAAUAAGAUGAACAGGUGCAGUUCUUGCCGAAAAAUCAUAUUGUCAUAAGAAAUAUGCGAGAGGAGUCGGAAGUGGGGAUAUAAAGCAUACGUGCCGCCGGAUUAAGGAGCAGGAGCCUCUAUAAAAGCCGAAGUUCCCGACGCAGUAGUAAAAGGUGUUUGAUGCCAUCGUCAUUGCCCGCAAGGAACAUCUUGGAAUGUCAUCUGCUAUUGAAAGGAAAAGCUUGGAGGCGUCAGAAGAGCCAGUGGAUGAGGUCCUGCAGAUGCCCCCCUCCCUCCUGACGUGUGGGGGGUGCCAGCAGAGCAUCGGAGACCGCUUCUUCCUGAAGGCCAUCGAGCAGUACUGGCACGAGGACUGUCUGAGCUGCGACCUGUGUGGCUGCAGGCUGGGGGAGGUGGGCCGCAGGCUGUACUACAAGCUGGGCCGGAAACUGUGCCGGAGAGAUUAUCUCAGGCUGUUUGGCCAAGACGGGCUCUGCGCGUCCUGUGACAAGCGGAUCCGGGCCUUCGAGAUGACCAUGCGCGUGAGGGACAAGGUCUACCACCUCGAAUGCUUCAAGUGUGCGGCCUGUCAGAAACACUUCUGCGUGGGCGACCGCUACCUGCUCAUCAACUCGGACAUUGUGUGUGAACAGGACAUCUUCGAGUGGACUAAACUCAACAACAUGGUGUAGGAAAGAGUCCUGUCUGUAUCUGUCCUAGACAGCCAGCUGUCAGUCACAUUCAGUUUGCAGAAAACCAUAGAAGAUUAUCUUUGAGUUUUGAUGGGUGCCUAAAAUAGAAUCUUUUUUAUAUGCUACCCUACGCUCAUGGAGCGUAAUACCUGCAGUGACGCUUAUUAGUCAAUGAAUCAUCAAAGUUGGCAUCUAAAACUGCAACUCUGAAUUUGGAAACAGACAUGUUUUUAAAAAAAAUCAUAAUUCCACACAAAAAAGGUAGAAGGAAAGGUCAUUAGAUGAACACUGUGUUUUUGCGUAAUUUAUCGUAGCAUUUUAUGUUGUAUUGACUUUUUUUUAUUAUGGAUAUAAAACAGAAGUUUUAGUAAAUAGGCUGGAUCACUGCAGCAUUUUGGUUAUUAUCUACUCCAUCCUGGAUGAUGACGGAGACCAUGAUUUUUUUCUUCCUCUUUCUGAAAUACUGACUUUUAUUUGCUUUAUCCUCUUGCUGUGUGAAUGUCUGCCGAGGAAGAACAGCGCCCCCUGUGUACUGGAGGGUCAGUGACACAAGGUUCUCUUGGAUGAGGAAACAGAGCAGACCUAACUUCCAGGGUUGUCUCUGAGUGUCACAGCUGUUCAGACAUUGAAUGUUUUGGUUUAAAAAAUGUGAUUAUAGAGACUUGAGAUUUUAAGGGAUAUUCUUUUAUUAAAAAACAAAAAGAUUCUUGUCAA